GGUGCUUUGUGCAGAUGAAUGGCUUCAAGGAGGAAGGACUAAUACUCCUGUGGGAGAGCCCGUUUGUUCGAGAUAGAUUUCAGCUGGAAAAAUUAAUCGAUGACGCUAUUAAAGGAAGUACUUUUAAGAGACUGGAAGAAUUACAAGAAGAAAGUGAUGAGAUUAUAUCUUGCAACUGUAGCAAACAGAUGACAAGCAAAUUGAACAGACUAAUACUGAGGGAAUUAAAUAAAAAGGAAAUUAGAAAUGCUGGUUUGUUGCUAAGCUGCAUUCACAAAUAUGGGAAGCAUAUGACCAUAGAAGGAGAGGAUGGCUUGGCGGCAAUGAUAAAUGAGGGACUUGUGCAGAAGAUAAAUUAUAACUUACAGGUAGCUAUAACAGAAAGUCUGUGUCGAAUGACAUCUGAAAGCCAGAGACAAGAACUGGCUAAUAAUUGGUUCCAUGUGGAAUUCGUUGUUGAUGCAUUUAAGAGAAUUAAGGAUUCUGAAUUUGAAACAGUAAGGACACAGAUUCUGUUUAUAUCUGUUGCUCAUAAACUAAAAUUUGAUUAA